GUUCACAUUUCCUAUUUUUCUAUUCAUCUUUUUCCAUCAUUUCUUCCAUUUCUUCCAUUUCUUCCACCCAUUUAACAGCAUAGUCAUGAGCAGGGAAGCCUCACCAGUACGACAUAGUCCCACAUUAAUGACACAGCCAGUCAAGGGGAUUCUUAAACGACCGGCCUCACAGCACCAGCACGACGAACGUGCUCCAAGAAUCAAAUGGGAUGAGGAGAACUUGACGCUUACAGAAGCACAAAAGGACUCUACGAUGAAGAUUAACGAGCCCAAGACACCAUAUGUCCAUUAUAACCAUGAACUAGACAAAGCCAUGGAUAUGGAUGAGUCAUUCUCUCUUGAUGAUGGUAAAAAGAAGCAUGUUUCAUUAGCACCUACACCUGCUUCACCCAAGUUUAAAGCCGUGGACGGCGAUGAAAAUACAGAUGAUCAGGAUGGAGAUGAGCCAGAGGAGUGGAGGGACUCUGACGAUGAAGAGGACGAUGUUCCUUCCAAGAAAAUUGAUCACGAAAAGUUUACAAAGAUGAGAGCAGAGCAUUACAAGAUGAAGGAAGCUCUGCAGAUAGGGCAUGAGCUGGCAGAAGAGGAGUUGAAGGCAUUAGCUAGCCCCAGUCCACUAUCUGAACCUGUUCCUCCUUUACCUUCAUUCGCCAAACAAGUUAACUCUGAGUUGAACGAUGUUGGGUUUAUAGCUGAUAAGAAAAAUAGUACGGAACAGGAUACCGGAAUGGAGUUGUAAGAGCUUAGAGAAAUAAAAAAUUAAAACCCCCGCUUUUUGUUUUGU